UUGUUUAUAUAACCCACAGAAAGCGAUUGAUUAAGCAAAAUAAGCACUUAUGGCAUUAAGCAAUAGAUAUCUCCUAUUUUCUCUCAUACCUUUAGUUUCAAUAAUAUUCAUCAUUACUUUCACCCAAGGUGAACAAAUAAUUAAUACAUUGCAGAUAGCAUCAUUGAAUAGGAAUGAUUUCCCCAAAGGCUUCAUCUUUGGAACAGCAUCAUCUGCAUAUCAAUAUGAAGGUGCAGCAAGUGAAGGUGGAAGAGGACCAAGUAUUUGGGAUACUUUCACUCAUAGAUAUCCACAAAAAAUCACAGAUGGAAGCAAUGGAGAUGUUGCGGUUGAUUCAUAUCAUCGUUAUAAGGAAGAUGUUGGGAUCAUGAAGGAUAUGAACUUAGACGCAUAUCGAUUUUCCAUUUCUUGGUCUAGAAUACUUCCAAAUGGAAAACUAAGUGGAGGAAUUAAUCAGGAAGGAAUCAACUAUUACAACAACCUCAUCAAUGAAUUGGUGGCAAAUGGUUUACAACCAUUUGUAACUCUUUUUCAUUGGGAUCUUCCUCAAGCUCUAGAAGAUGAAUAUGGCGGCUUCUUGAGCCCUCUCAUCAUAAAAGACUUUCAGGACUAUGCAGAACUUUGCUUUAAAACAUUUGGAGAUAGAGUAAAACAUUGGAUAACCUUGAAUGAGCCAUGGAGUUACAGUCAAAAUGGGUAUACAACUGGCGCAAUGGCACCAGGUCGGUGCUCUUCUUGGUUUAAUCCAAAUUGCACUGGCGGUGAUUCUGGAACAGAACCUUAUUUAGUUUCACAUUAUCAACUUCUAGCUCAUGCAGCGGCUGUUAAUGUGUACAAGACCAAAUACCAGGUUUCUCAAAAUGGUUUGAUAGGUAUAACAUUGAUCAUUAAUUGGUUUGUACCGCUCUCGAAUAACAAACUUAAUCAAAAGGCAGCUGAACGAGCUAUAGAAUUUAUGUUUGGAUGGUUUAUGGAUCCCCUAACCAACGGAGAUUAUCCAAAAACCAUGCGAGCCUUGGUCGGAACAAGGUUACCAAAAUUUACUAAAGAGCAAUCUAGAUUAAUUAGUGGUUCAUUUGAUUUUAUUGGUGUCAACUACUACACUUCUAGUUAUGCUUCUGAUGCACCUCAAUUACGUAAUGCAAAUUCUAGCUACCUAACAGAUUCUCUGUCUCUUCCUUCUUAUGUACGUGAUGGAAAAUCAAUUGGUAUAAAUGUUGCUUCAGAUUGGUUAUAUGUUUAUCCAAGAGGAAUUCGAGACUUUUUGAUUUACGCUAAAGAAAAAUACAACAAUCCUUUAAUUUAUAUUACAGAAAAUGGUAUAAAUGAAUAUGAUGAUCCUUCAUUAUCUGUUGAGGAAUCUCUUUUAGAUACUUAUAGAGUUGAUUAUCAUUACCGUCAUCUCUUUUAUCUCAGAGAAGCAAUCAAGGCUGGUGUAAAUGUAAAAGGAUAUUUUGCAUGGUCUUUGUUGGACAAUUUUGAAUGGCACAAAGGUUAUACCGUCAGAUUUGGAAUGACCUUUAUAGAUUAUAAAAAUGGUUUGAAAAGAUAUCAAAAACUCUCGGGACUAUGGUUUAAGAAUUUUCUCAGAUCAAACAACAAACUUUACGUGGAUUCCAUUUAACAGUGUUAUAUAUACAAAAUUCCUCACCGUAGUUGUCAACAUAAUUAUUCAUUUGAUUAUUUCAUGGUUUGAAUAUAACAAAUAUACCAUUUGUAAUUGUAUGUAAAUAUACUAUUUGUUUGUAAAAUAAAUAAAUUAUUGAUAUUAUUUGUUGAUUUUGUAUGUAUCCUGUAAUUGUAUGUAAAUAUGCUAUUUCAUUUUGCAUUUCUCUAAACAUGAAAGGAAAUUAGUAACUAAUAUUCUAUUCUCAA